AUGCCGGCCAAGUUCCAGCCGCCGACCACCCAUAAAUCGAGUAAUGCCCGCCACGCGCGCACGACCUCUUGGUCCAGUGGCUUUCGUCAUCUAGGUGCGUCGCAGACAUCCGGAGACUCACCCGACUCUGCAUACCCACAUCCAUCUCGACGUCGCCGCGAAUCGACGCAUUCCCUCGCCAGCGUCGACGAGGGCUUCUCUCCGCCUGAAUCUCCCCAUCUGCACGACCGUCCACACGACAGUGCCAAUGCUCACGACAUGCUGCGCAACACCUCGAUGGAUCACACGGCUCGCAAAAGUCAGCAUGUGCGCAGUCGUUCGCAAUCUCAAGGCGCAUCGGCGAUUCUAGCAGUGCAAGAGUCUGAACUGAACGCCGCCGAGGGCAUUCCUGUCCCCGUUGCGCCGCAGGCGGGCCCGGUGACGUGGAUGUCGUUACCGCGAAAGGGCCAAUUAAUCCUGCUCGGCCUCUGUCGGGUCUUUGAUUUUCUUCAGAUCGCCUCGCUCCAGGCUUACAUGUUUUACCAAUUAAAGUCCUUUGACGAAAAUCUCUCCGAUGCGGACGUGGCGACGCAAGCGGGAAUACUGCAGGGCGCAUUCACCGCGGCGCAAUUUGCGACCGCCAUACCAUGGGGUCGGGUCGCAGAUGCUGAAUGGGGUGGCCGUCGUUUUGUGCUGCUGGUAGGCCUCGUGGGAACGGCCAUCUCGUGCUUGGGAGUAGCAUUUGCGACAUCGUUUGCGCAGGCCGUCUUUUGGCGCUCAUUUGGUGGCGCUAUCAAUGGAACCGUCGGUAUCAUUCGGACGAUGAUUGCGGAAAACGUCAAGGAGAAGAAAUACCAUUCACGUGCUUUUUUGAUUUUGCCCGUUGGUUUCAACGUUGCGUCUCUCUUUGGUCCUGUCAUGGGCGGUUUGCUGGCUGAUCCAGUCAGAAGCUAUCCCCGUCUGUUUGGGCCCAAUUCCUCCUUUGGCGGUGAAACCGGAGUACAAUGGCUUGUCAAGUAUCCCUAUGCUUUGCCCAUGCUGGCCAAUUUUUUCUUCAUGUCCAGCUGUGCCGCUCUGGUGGGCUACGGUCUAGAGGAGACUCUUCUCUCCUGCAAAGGGAAGCCUGGUCUUGGAUCCGCCGCGCUGAAGCUUCUUGCGCGCAGUGUAAGAACCGUCCUCGGAAAAUCUUCUCCGCUAUACUCCAGGCUUCCUCUUCACGAGUACGACGAGGAUGGCCCUUUGCUCGGGCGGCACACGGAUCGCUCCGAGAGCUACGAGAUGGAGGAGAAAGCGUCGCGACCCGGGAGUGUCAAGCGUACCCUGCCAUUCCGCAGGAUCUGGACAAAGAACGUGCUGUGUACUCUUGUGGCGCAGGCGUUCUUCGACUUUCAAAUGGGAGCUUUCAAUAAUCUAUGGCUACUUUUCCUGUCGACACCGCGUUAUGAUCCGAACGACCCGAACAGUCCCCCUCGAAGCCUGCCGUUCAUCUUCACCGGUGGUUUGGGCAUGCUGCCUCAAAGUGUCGGAUUCGCAACCUCGAUACUCGGCAUGAUCGGUAUGCUUCUGCAGUUCACCAUCUAUCCAUCGAUUAACGGCCGCUUGGGUACAGCCAAAAGUUAUCAGUACUUCCUCGCGCUGUUCCCUCUGGCUUACGCCCUAGCCCCCUAUAUGUCCCUUGCGCCGUCCACCACACCACCCCCCGGUCAGGCAAAUGGACCCUGGGUCUGGUUCUGGAUCAUCGUUGUGCUUCUCCUCCAGGUUACUGCUCGAACAUUCACUCUGCCGACCUCUAUCAUUCUACUCAAUAACUGUUCCCCGCAUCCUUCGGUGCUGGGCACAAUGCAUGGCAUCGGUCAAUCUGUGUCGUCUGCCUUCCGCACCAUCGGUCCCAUAUUCUCCGGUGCUUGGUAUGGCUAUGGAUUGGAAAUAGGUACCAUUGGAUUUGCCUGGUGGCUUGUGGCUCUUGUGUCGGUCCUUGGCUGUGUGGCCGCCAUAUUUGUAUAUGAAGGCUCAGGUCAUGAAAUCUAUCUCCCGGGGGAGGAAGAUGAAUUAGAGCACGGCCAUUGA